CAUCCAGUCCAGUCGUUCGGUAGCAGGGUCAGGGCUCCACCACCAAGGGUUUUCGGUUUUGUGUUUUUUGCACCGUGGUUACGGAUAGUAUGAUACGAUCUGACAUCUGACGCUUUUCGCGUAAUGUACCAUGUUUCCCGAUAUUAUUGUUUUCAUAGGACCAUGUUUUGUUAAUUUAUGAAAGUAUAUUAAAAUAUGUUAUGAUUUCAAUCCAAUGGACUUAUAAAAUUAAUAUAACUCAAAAUGGCGACAAGCGACGACGAACCGAUGCAUCUGUACGAGGUGUUCCAGAACUGCUUCAACAAGAUCGCAAAUAAACAACCAGGUAUAAUAAUAAAACACGAUUCCUACCCGAUUAUACUUCUGUAUUUUGUUCCCUUUUACAUAAUAUUAUCCAUUAAGUCCGACUGCUAUACUUUGGCCGUACAAAUGCCGUUCUAGCGUCUCGAUUUCUAAAAAUCCUUAUGUUUUUUUUUGCAACCAACAUUUAUAUUCUGAAGUCCGGAAAAUACCCGAACUUUAAUUAUUAUCUAUACAUAUCGGACAUGAAUUAAAUUAUCAUCUCUUAAUAUGCAAACGAUCGUACACGCGUAUUAAUCGGAAUAAUAAAUUACGAUUUUUUAUUAACUCGUUUGUUUCACUACAAUGAACAAUGUUCAUUGAACGUAGUAUUAUUUGGAGCUUGCUUAUGGAAGAUCGCCGAGCUCAAAGCGUGCCUAUAAAGUUAAGAUAUUCACAUAAUAAUUACUACACUUUGUUUACGCCUAUAAUAUACGUGUACACAUUACUGUUUAUAAUAUUAUUAUAGUCGUAUAGAUAGGUGUCUGAGUGUGGUUGUAACUUGUAAACAAAAGUAGAUAGAAUAUCCAUGGAAGUUAUCGAAAUAUUUUAUUUAUAAAUAUGAUUUUCCAAAACUGCCAUUCGUUAUGUAGGUACUUAGGAACUCAUGUUUAUUUUACUUACAGAUUAUAUUAUUAUUAGCCGAUUGCUUUUGGGUUUUGUACCUAUCUGUAUUAUCUUUAGUUAACAUUUAUACUAUCUGCUUCUGUAGGUGUUGAAACUUAUGUUUUAUAAACAAAACAAUUAUACUACAAAUAGAUAAAUUUCAAUUUAUUAUUAACAUUAAUAAUUACCUUUUAGAUAAUAUUGUUAGUUUGAUUGAUGAAGCCCGAAAUACCUACCUUUAAACCUAUUCUUAAUUUAGAAUUAGAAUGUUAUUAAUUUCUUAUUAAUUGUAUUAGUUAUCUUUAUUCACGAAAACCAUGAUGUAUUUUGUCCCUCUUCACAUUAUUAUGCUAAUCAGUAUAAAUUUUAUAUAUCUAUAUUAGAAGUUAUAUACAAUCUAUACUAGAAGUUAGGUAAUUCAGGUCUGUUAUUUAUAAAGUUUACAUUAUUUUUUCAAUUUUUAAUGAGUUUAUAUUACCCGAAACAGUUAUCUAUUAUAUUUAAAUACAAGUGUAUAUAAAUACUUGGUAAUUGGUAGGUAGGUAACAAAUGCACUUGAUCAUAUUUAGAUAAUAUUCCAGUAUUCAGUUUAUCUAUUUAUUUCAAUCAUUAUUCCACAAGAAGCUUAAACACUUACUCAAUUAUAGGUGCUCAAUUUGUAUACUGUUUAUGAUAUUUAUUAUCUAAUCAUUUUAGGUAGCUAAAUAAAUAAAACAAAACAGACAAAUCUUACAUUGCAGAUUAAAUUAAGUUAGUUUAAGUUAAAUAAUAUACUAUUAUUACUUAGGUAUUCAUUGUUAAAUUUAUUUUAAUCAGAAUUUGAUUGAAAUAUGAAAUUAGGUAAAUUAAAAAUAUAACAUUUGUGUGUGCAAUAUGUAUAGUAUAAAGAAUGUUUAAAUAAGUAGUAUUUAUUUAAUUCAACUCUUUUUUUUUUUUUUUUUAGAAAAAUCCGGGUUUCAGCCUCCAUAUAAUAUUGAAAAUGGAAUGGUAUGUAUUUGUUUGUAUAUUUGUUUAUAAUUAUUGUUAAAAAAUCUUAAUAUUAAUAUAAUUAUUUUAAAGCACUGUUGAAACAUUUAUUUUUUCCCUUCCAUUAAUUCUAACUAAGUAUGACCUAUAAAUAUUUGAUUUAAAUUAAAAAUAGUUCAUCUACCUACAAUGUAAAAAUAAAAAUUUGUUUUAUUAUUCAUUUUAUAUUAUUGUAAAACAAUUUAUUUCAGGCAUAUGGUAAUAAUUUUGCAUCUGGUCCUGAGACUUUUAGUCCAGAUUCUCCAUACUUUCCAUUCAGCAAUACUCCACGGAAACCACUUCCAAUCACCAUGGCAGGGUCUGCUAUUAAACGAAAAAGAGAGGUAAAGAAUUGAUUUUUCAAACUAAUCUUUGGUACUUUAUAUUAUAUAAAAGAACGUAGGUAUUACAUUUGUUUUGUUUCACUAAAUCUAAAACAUAAUAUUGCAAAUGAACACUUACUAUAAUAUAAGUUUUAUUAAUUUUAUUAAUAUAUGAGUAUCUACCUAUAUUAUGUAAAUAUUAUAUAAUAAUUAUUAGAAUAGAAUAAUAACAAUAAUAAUAAAAAAAAAAAAAUGUAAACAAUUAUCACCUUUCAUCUUUCUUAUUGUAAAGGUAUAAUAGAUUGUUACCAAUAAGUGUGUAAAAUCAGAAUUCAAUAGAAAAAGGUCAACUGAAAAAAAAAAAAAAGAGGACAAUGAAUUUCAUAGAAUACCCACUGUCCUGCUGUGCAUUGUCAAUCGAUUUAGUCCCUUUUUUCUUUUUCUUUUUUUUGGUAUCCCAUUCCUAAUAGUUUGAUUUCUUUCUGUAACUUGUAUUGAUAAUACAAUAAUCUUAAUUUUUAUAUAAUUCGGAACCUGUUUUAAGGAAGAUUUAGUUGUUUAGAAUAUUUAAAUACACAGUUCUUGUCUUAUUAAAAUGUCCAUACAUAGUAACUGGUAUAUGGUCUAUUAGUAACAUAAUAUUUGUAAAUUAAAAUAUUACCUAUGUAUAAAAAGUUUGUACAUUGAACUUUGUUCUUAAUAUUGACUUUGAAUGAUAUAAGAUUUUUGGUUAAAAAUCUUAAAUGUUAAACCAAGUAUUUAAUUGAUCAGUUGUCCAUGUUAAUUCAAGUAAUAAUAAUAAACAAUAUAAAAUGUGUACUUUUUAGCAUAUAAAGUGAUCAUGCACAAUAAUUGUACACAUUUGAACAUUUGAUAUCUAAAUAGAAGACUUAAUCAUAAAUUUAGACUAGAUUCAUGAUUACAUAUUCUGUUUUUAUUUCAGAGUAUAGAUUCACCACCAGCAGAAUCAUCAGAAGUUGAAGUUCCACAUCAUUGGGUAAAUAUUUAAAUAUUUUAUUGUUAGUUUGUGCUUAGAUCAAUGGAUAAGAACACCUACUCUUCAUAAUUUAAUAAGUACUGUGUAUUUUGAGGAUUAUUUCAAUCUACUGUCUCAUCAUCUAUUUAAAAUUAUUGGCAAUCGCUAUCAUCAGUUUGUUUGGAAAGUUUUUUGCAUUUGGCCUCUGUUUAGCCAAUAUUGGAUUAUUAUAUUAUUAAAUAACUAAUAAUUAACCCAUAUAUAAUAGCUCUAAUAAUAGUCUUAAGUAUAUUUCAAGUAAUACAUAAAUUAAAUCUUAAUAGUAGACCCUAUUAAUAUCACAAUUUUAUUAUAUCAUUAAUAUCAAUUUGGGAUUCAAAAUUAAAAAAUAUAUUGUUUAUAUUUAAUUUAUGUAAAAUAAAAAUGUAUUUAAGACAAUAUUAAAUUGGUAAAUUACAAUAGGUAAAUAAAUACUCCAAUUUUUAACCAGUUAAUUAUUAUUCUUGUUUUAUUAUUUUUGGUUACCUAUUUAUUCUGUUUACAUGCAUUUUUAAUUGUUAAUAUUUUUUAGAAGUCUUUAAUGCAUUUUUAUAAUAUAUAUUUUUGAUAUACUCCUUAGCUAUGGAAUUUAUUAUUAAGUGAUAGAAAAGAUAAUCAAAAAGCACAUUUUUACUGUCUUUGACCUUAAAAUAUAUUAUGUUAGGUGUAAAAAAAUGAUUGUGUUAAGUUAUAUAUUAUACUUGUUUGAUUCAUUAUUCUUGCUAAGCAAUAUUUACAAUGUAUGGUCUUCAUAUUUAACCCCAACAUAGAAAAUGAAAAAAAAAACACUUGUUCCUAUUUAUACAGCUUAACAAGCGAGUACACUCUUGGCGAUUCCUUUGUUUUAUAGUUUCUGAAUUGUAAAUAAAUUAAGUAUCAGCAAUAUCUUAGACAUUUAAAAAAAAAAAAAAUUAUUGGGUGGUAGGUUGUAGGUAUACCUAAUAAUAUAAAAAAUAAUUUUUUUCCUAUAGUGGCAUAUAGUUAAUGUGAAAAUCAAUUUAAUAAUUAUGCAUUUUUACAAUUUUUAAAAUGUUUUAUUGGAUAUCUUAUUGCCUUAUUCCCAUAAAUCAAAUUUCCAUAUAUGUUUUUAUGUUUUAAAAAAAUGUUUGAUUUAUUAAUUUCACUUAUUUCUGGUAGAAAAAAAAAACUAUUAGAUUGAAAAUAGAAAGGUGAUUAUUAUUAUGCACUAAAUUCGAGAAUCGAAAAAUAUUUUGGCCGAAUCUCGGAUUUAACCAUUAUAUUUUAUUUAUUUUCUAUAUGUAGUAGUGCUUUUCAAAAUUUGUUUGAGUACAUUUUAUUUGUCUACCGUUGUUAGUAGGUAGUUUUAUUCCAAUAGUUUGUUUUUGCCUGUAGUAUCUAUUGCCUGUUAUUAAUUGUUAGAAUUCCUAAAUUCAUAUUUCAUAACUACAUUUCAUCAAACAUUUGUUGAAUUUGAUUGUAAUAUUUUAAUACAAUAUGCUAUUACUUAUAUAUUAUCAUAAUUCAUAAAUAACUAUGAUAUAAAGUUUAUGAUUGAUUCUUUUACAACACACAGUUUUUUUUAAAAGAAUGAUUGCUCAGAUUCUUAAUAUAUUUUUAUAAUUAAUAUAAUAAUUUGUUUUGCUUAUGCCGUAUGCUAUAAUAGGUUAGUUAUAUCUUUUUUUAAUCAAGAAGAUAAAGCUUUAAGUAUAAUAUUUAAGGAUUAGCCUAUUGGGAAUUUUAAUAAAAAUGGAUAUAAGUCCCUUGUUAAUAGUAUUAUGUAAUCGUGAAAUAAACUAAAAUUUUUACUGCAAAUCCAUUUUUCACGCCAGGCCACUUUAAUGAUAGUCUUAAUUAAGACACUAAAUUUCCACCACAAUGAGAACUUGCACCCUGCAACGUUUUUAAUGUGUUCAAUAUCAAUAUUAUUGAAUAAGUUAUUUGAGUUUGAAAAAAAUACAGUAAUUAAAUUUGUAAAAAGUAAUAUAAAAUUGUUCUUUUAUGUGGUGUCACAUCACUUCUCAAUGAUCACGCAAAUCAAUUUUUACAAAGAACAUUUUGAAGAAUAUUAACUUUAUUGUUAAUCAAUGAUAAAAUUAAUUUUUAGUUUGUUAAAGCUGUAUUUACAAUUCUGAGCCUCAUUAGUUUAAUUAAGAUGCAUGUUUUUUUAUUAUUUUUGUUUGUUUUGUCUAUAAGCAUUUUUCUGCAAGAAAAUUUCCCCCUGUUGUAAGUAAGAAAGUUAGUUUUUGUAAUAAUUAGGGAAACCUGGAAAAAACUUAAAAAACUAACGGCCAUUAAUGGUUUCAUUAUUUUUGAUUUUAUUUCAUUGUUGUAAUUUAGUUUAAAAUAAAUCUAGAACAAAAUUUUUCAUUUAACAUGUACCAAUAAGUUGCUGAUUUCACCUAAUACUUAAAUUAGCAAUUUCUAAAUGUAGUACAAUGUUUAACAUUAUUUUUUUUUACUUUUAUAACUAAUCAUAAAUGGUUUAUGGAGAUAAAAUUUUGUUGGAUUACUUAAAAAAUCGUUAAAAUUGUAUACAGGGUUCACUAUAGCUUGUUCUGAUGACACUAUAAAAAUUUCAAAAAUCUGUUAUCACGAUUUUUUUUUUAUAAGCAUUUAAAGUUCAAAUUUUGAUGAAAUCUUUAAAACUAUUUUCUAAAAUAUGCGGAUAAAAAAGUUAAGACUCCAUACAAAUUGUUAAAGAUGUAUCGCAUAGAAAAUACUGUUUUAAAUUUAAAAAAAAUAACCUAAUAUUUGACAAAUUUUCGUUAAAACAUUAUAUUAUAUUAUUAUUAAACCUAUAGUUUGAUUGGCGAAAUGUAUAAAUACGCGUGCAGUCACGUCAAGUUUGUACUGCGCUGUAACAAAUUUCGAUUCGAUUUAUUAUAGUUUAUAAGAUAGUGUUUCAUUUAAAUGAUAUCGUGUAGAAUUUGCGCACGAGUUUACCAAACCGUUCCUUGUUUUUUUUUUCAUUUUCAUUUUCAUUUUCAUUUUUUUCCCCCCCGUCGUUAUACGCGCGUCUCUCACGUGUGUCGGCCACCAUGACGAUGGGGUGGUGUGAUAUUAUUAUGAUGUAUUAUUAUUAUAUACGUAUGCCGGCGGUAGUACAAUUUUUGUAGCACAAACGCACGGCAAAGAAAGGUCGGACCAGUAGUACAGUAGUUUCGGAACAUCUGGCAAAGUGGCAUCCGAUGUAGGUAGCCGCAGCAGCGUUCGGGUCUGACUACUCAGACGGCACCGCCGCCGUCAUGGCGUGUUUACCGAUUCCCUCAGUUUCGAUCUGGCCCGUGACCAAUGCUUCGCGAGGGCAUGUAAGCGAGCGAAAUCUUAAUAUUUUUAAACGAUAUAUAUAUGUUUUGUAUAUUAUUACUUAUUGAAAUUAUAAUAUUUUAAUAUUCGUUUAGGUUACAUUAUUACAUUAUAAUUAUAGGGCAGAGGAUAAUAUCUAACUCUAAAAAAAAAUAUACAAAACCCGUUAAAUAUGCAAGCACUUAUAUGCACGUAAAAAUUCUAAAAUAUGCUCUACUAAUAUAAAAAUUAUGUAUUAUGGCCAAAUCAAUUAAAAAAAAAACAAAAAAAACACCGUUUUGUUUUAAUGGAACUUUUAACUAUUUAACUCGAUUUACUUAGUAUAGUAUAGAUGCUACGAGUACAUUACAUUAAAUGAUUGGUGAAUUUGACUGAUUAAUAAACAUAAUUGGACAUUCGUUUUUCUGAUACUAAAAAUUAAAAUUUUAAAUAUUUUUAUUAGAUAUUCGUUUUUCACAUCAAGUUAAUAAUAAUUUAGGCUGUGACUUAUGGCUAUACAAUCUAAGCAUAGGUACCAAAAACAGUUUGUGUAGUUAUUCACUGUAUUUCAUUUAAAACAAUUUUAAUUAUUCGUGAUGGAGAUUUUAAGCUGAUAUCGAAAUCCGAUGUAUUCUUGUGUGCAAAGUAGGAAUGACUUUACACGUUUCAAUAUAGCAGUAUUCAUAUUAUAUAAACCUAACAAUAUUAUUAAUUAAAAUAAAACUGUACUUAUUGUCAUGUUUUUACGAUUUAAAAAGAAUUUGCACACGAUAUAUAUUAUUAUUUUAUUUUAUUUUGCAAAUUUACAAGCGUAGCUCUUGUUUAAAAGUAUAAUAUGCAUUAGAUAUAUUAGAUAAUAUUAUACAUUAUAUAUCGUUGAAACAAUAAAAUAUAUUUUAGUAUCAAAUUAAUGAAUGGGGGGCCUAUAUUAUAAUCAAACUAGUGUCGGUUUAAUAGGGGCAAAGGAAUCCUUCUAAGUGAUGUAAUAUAAACCCAAAACCAGCAUGAAUGCGAGUUGUAUAUUAUUUUAGAGUAGGUAGUAUAAGUUGGUAGGUAUCUGAUUUCUAAGUGUACCAUUGAGAGAGGGGGUGGGGAAAUGUCGGUUCUUGGUUGCUUACAUCUGCUAUACAUAUGACAUAAUAUACAAUAAUAAUAUACUUGUAUGUAUAAAAUUAUUUGAUUAUUUAAUUUACGUAUAUAUUUAGGUACAGGAUUUUAUUUUAUUUAGAUAUCUUAUACUACCAAUGAUGCUUAUUAUAGACGAAUAAUUGUUUUAUUAAUUAGGAUUUUUGUAUUUUUAAUGUUCCACCUGUCGACCUGAAGAUACUAUUAUUAUUCUCUCUGUACAUUAUAUGUGCCAUUUCAAAUAAUAUAAUAUUGUUAUCUUUCGAAAAUAUUUAGCAAAAUUAUCUAAUUGUAGAUUCGGAGAGUAAAAACGCGGAGAAAAAUUUCGUUUUUCGUAUCCAAAAACGUUUUUUUUAGAUUAUUGUUCGUGUAAAAUAAGUUUUAAUUUUUCCCGUGUAACGUUUUUUUAUUGCGUUUGAGACGUUUUAGUCUCUCAUUUUAAUACGUUGAAUCAAGCCAAUUGACUAGAUUUAUUUACUCUUAAAAUUCACAAAAAAAGCGCUUAAGAACCGUCAAAAAGCAUAAAUGAUUAAAGAGUUUAAAAGCCCCCAUACUUUUUUCAGGGAUUAUUGGCGUUUUAAAAGGCUUUUAUUGUUGAUUUUAAAAGCGUAUUAAUCCGGUCUUAACUUAUAGGUUAUAAGUGUAGUGGAUCUGGGGGGCCUUUUAUUUAUUUUAGAAAUCGCUCUCGUCCGUUCUUAUGUUCCUGUAAUAAGUGGUCAUAAUAAAAAUAUAAAUAAGAAUACCAAAUCGCCGUUGAAAAUAAUACAAUACGAGACAGAUUAAUAUAAUUAUAAGAUAAUUAUAUGGUAUUUGAUAAUAGUAAAAUGACUUUCAGGUUUCACCGACGUGCAUGAAAUAAUUAUAAAGAUUAAUUAAGAAUUAAGGAGUACGAAAACAUUUCAGUUUGUUUCACAAUUUUUCGUGUAAUGUUUUCGUAUUCGCAAAACAUUUUUACUUCCUGAAUAUACUAGUUGUCGUUUUACGGAUUAUAGAUUCAUUGAUAAUAACAAUGUUAUUGUUAUUUUAUUAGGUACCUAUAAUCAUUUAACCGAAAAAAAAAAAUCCCGUGUAAAUAUAAAAUAGCCAAUGUUAUGAUUGGCGAUUUGCUAAAUGGCCACGAGUAUGUUAUUAUAGCUAGUUAAAGAGGAAAAAAAAACUAUUUCUUUUGUAUGUAUUGUAAUAUAUUAUGUAUUGUAACUUAUGGAAUUGUGUACAGGAAAAAAAAAAGGUAAUUUUGCGGAUCAUGUACUUUAUGUGCUAACCUUUUUCAACGUAGGUACCUGCUACCUGACUAUAGACGGCGUUCUUUUUUUCUUUUUAAUUUAUCUUUGUAUAAUACAUUGUGUCGGCAAACAGUAAAACAUAUUAUUUGUAUUGGAAAAAUUUGGUAUUAUAUUUAACUAAAAACUGCAUUUAAAUCCUAAAAAAACAAUAUCGAGUAACUCGAGUAAUUCGGAUUAACCGUAGUUGAUUUUUUUUUUUUUUAUUAUUAUAACUCGUGAUAUUAACUCUUUCGAUAAUUAUUAUAUAUAAUAAUAAUCAUAAAAAAAAAAAAAGAUUCAAAUAUAUUUAGGUAAAUUAUUAUUGUGUGAAGUAUUUCCGUUCAAAUUUAUAAACUGUAUAAUAUGUACCAUUUAUUAUGCAACCAAAGUGGUUAUAUUAUAGAUUACCUUAUAAUAAUAAUUACGGUAUAGGCACACUAUGAGGAAAUGUCGUACCUAUAUUCCUGCAGCGUUCAUACUAUACUUGAUUAAACGUUUUUAUUUAUCUGCGAUUAGUACCAGCAUUUUUGUAAUACACGGAUAGAUAUUACUACAGAUGGUUAUCUUAUAAAAAUUGAACAUUCUCAGUACAUUUGUCAUUUCAGAAUAUCUACAAAAAAUAUAUGAUAAUUUAAGCGCACAUAACGCGUAUCUACGAACAAUUUGGGUCGCAUGUCUACCUACUUUACACCCGAUAAAUAAAACGUACAGAUUUAACUGCCGUAAUGCGGACGAUACAAUAAUGUUGUAAAAUAAUUAUCGCGUAAAUAUUACGUUAUUGUUAUCGUAUAUUGUUAUUUGUGUUCGCGCGUUUGUUCGGGAUUCGGUGUAAUAUUAUUAAUUAUCGUUGCCGCAUUAUCGUACGCGCAUCGGUAAUAUUCACGGUCUCGGUAAAACCCUAGUAUCUUUUGGAAUAUCCGCGAGCGCGGAGACGAACAAUAUUCGUUCGCGUGCGUGUGGAUACGUUCGACUUAUGACGUAUUAUUCGUGUAUAUAUAUAUAUCAAUCGGGAAAAACAAAAAAAAAAAACGUAUUCAUUAAACGCGUUAUUGUUUGAACAAAACAUAACGACGAGCGACGAGCCGCGUGUAUAUAUAUCGUAUUGUUUCGACAAAACGCGUGUCUAUAUAUAAUAAAUAAAUAAAUACAUAUUAUAUAUACACAAUAUAAUAUGUAUAUAUUAUUAUGUAUUAUUAUCCCGCCGAGCACUCCGCAAAGAGAGAGACGUCGAUGGUUGGCAGCAGUGUUGCGCGAGAGGGUCUCUCGGUAGUUGUACGAUACUAUCCUCUCGCGUUUUAUUAUGCCGUAUAUACCGCGCGGCAUGAUAUAAUAUAUUAUUAUUGUAGCGGCAGGGGUCGCCAAACCGCGAGCCGUAGUUUUCGUCUACGGAUCCCGUGUAAAAAAACGAAUACGCAAUUUUUUUUUUUUUUUUUUAUUAUCCCCAUCUAAAUUUCACUACUACUACUACUACUACUACUAUUAGCGCUACUGCUACUGCUACUGCUACUGCUACAGGACGCGGUACUGUAUAGCCCCGUUGUUAGCGUUAUUGUUUCGCGAAACCCGGUCGUACUACGGCGGCAACAGGUUUCGCGGGCGUGUUACGCGAGGCAGGGUCGUACUACCGCGCCGGGCUACCGGGUUUGAUCCGCGAUUACAGAAAUAUCACGAGAAUAUAUUGUUUUCCGGCGGCGCGAAAAAACCGACGUUUUUUUCCCCGGGUUCGCUCGCCGAGUAAGCGCGCCGGGGUUUUUUUUUUCUUCUAAAACCGACUCGGCGUACCGUGAAACAAAAACAAAAAAACAAAACCCGAAUAGUUGGUGACCCCUGGUACACAUUAUUAUAUUAUAGCGUUGUAGUAAUAGUAUAGUAAUAGUAUAGUAAUAGUAGUAGUAUAGUAAUAUAGUAAUGGUCGCGAGCGGCGGCGGCGGUGGCGGCGAAGGCAUAGGCAGGUGGUAGUACGGCGGCCGCGGCGGAAACACAACAACGUACGGCGGUUCCGAAGAGGUGGUUAGCGAUAUUAUUACAGAGCCUGUUGCUCCUUCGAUGCAGCGGCGCGGCAUCGCGUUCAUUGCAUACACCACGGUUUCAGUGUAACGGCGGCUUUCUGUGACAAUGGACACGCCGAAGCCGUCCUAGUCCCGCCCAGCAGUGUGUGGCUUAGACCUCGUCGACGUCGUUCGUCGUUCACGUGCAAUCGUGUGCAGUGUGCGUGGUGUUUGUGUCUGUGUGUGUGUGUGUGUGUGUGUGUGUGCGAGCUCACGCGCUUUUGUGUGCGCGCGUGUGAGUGCAGCGGCCAUCUGUGCCGCCGCGUCGUGUUUCGCGUGUGGCGCAAAGAAAAGGAUAAAAAAAAAAAAAAAAAAAAUCCAAAAAGGGCGCUCUUCAGAGACGAUCCCGUGUACCCCGACGAUUGUUGUCUUCGUCAUCACCGUCAUCAUGCACCAUUAUCGGUCCAGAGAAGACGAGACCGCCUGCGGCGGCGGCAGUGACCCGUAUUUCUAUUUGAGACUGACGGCCGGCUCGGCUCCUUACAAUAACCCCAUCAAGUUGGAAGUCGACGUGAAACCCGAAUCGCGAAUAAUGACGCCCGUCACGUCCUCCUGCUUGCAGCAGCAGCAACAUCAGGGUUCUCCGUCCGAGGUGCUGAUGGACACCACUGACGGCGGCGUGGUCGUCUGCAAACAAGAGGAGAGUCCCACCGGCAUAGGGCUGCUGGCCCUGACCCAGCUCGACGGUUACGGCGGCUACAAGACGGCGUACGAAGACGCCGAGGACGUUAAGCCCGACAAAUACUCGUACGGCCGAUUGAUAUAUUCAUCGCCUGAUGAUAUCAAACAUCAGGUAUAAUAUUCUUCGAUAAAAUUGUUUUUCUCACCACUUAUGUUUUCGGCCAUUAUCCAUCGAAUCAUUCCGCAGCGACCGUUGUUUCAAUCGUCGCCGCCGCCAAGUGUUUUGUUAAAUAAUAUUUAAACGGGACUUUACGAGAUCUCAACGAAUGUCGCGCUUGCGGUCUGUAGAAAAACGUAAAUUAUGAGUAGUUAUUGCGAUUGUUCAAAAACAAAGUAUUCGUGUUUUCGACUUGAAGAUAAUGGUCUGAAUGGUUUUUAAGACGGGUUCCUAAUAGGAACUUCCUAUAUUCGUAAACAUAGGAACUUCCUAUAUUUAUUUGGACAUUAUGAUAUUACAUUACUCGCGUGAUAAUAUCGAGAUUGCGUUCGUUAUCGAAACAAAAUUCAAAAGUAGUUUUACUCGUUGUACGUUCAAAUGGUUCGUUUUUAAAUAUUUAAUAACAAUUGUAAUCACUUAUUGUAAAAUCCGUUAUUUGAGUAUUUUUAGUUAAAAUAACAGAACGUUAUACCCGGAUGUGUUGGUCUCCGUCUUACAAACGUACGGCAGCGAAUUUACGUUCAGCAGGAACAACUUAGUACAUUAUUAAAUCGCGACAUUUCGCAUACCCAUGUCUCUUUUAAAAAUUAAAAUGUCGAAAUUAAAUAAUCAAAAUUGCAUUGAUAAUGUUCUUACCUUUAAGUUUUAUAAUAGGUCAAUUCAAUCUCACAUUAAAAACUAAUCGCACAACGUUGUCCCCGCUAAACGUAAAUACGUACGUACAUUUGCAAAGUCGCACAUUUCCAAAACGGUGACUGUACACGCGUGUAUAGUGUACUCUUAUUUGUUUUUUUUAUAUAUAUAGUUCGCUUUUGAAUUUGAAGAAAAAGCUGUUUAUGCGUUUGCUUUUUACAUGUUCAAAAUACACGUACGAUUUUUAUCGGAUUAGAUUUCCAAUCUGUACGCGAUCAAAAUAUUUCAUAUAAUAUUACGACGAUCGCAUAGGUAAUGUUAAUUAAUAUAAUAAUAAUAAUAAGGUAACCCCUAUCAUCCGAUGUAACUCGUAAACGACUUUGGAACGUCUUGGAAUGACUGGGUGUCGUGAUAAUAAUUUUAAAUUAAAUUUCCCGCACCGAGAUGCGAGAUUUUUUUCACGUGUGUGCGUAUGUAUGUAUGUAUGUAUAUAUAACUUUUUAGAAAUUCCGCAGACAGCUGUUUUUAAGUUAAACACGGAUCUCGUCGAGUAUGUCGAUUUAUAAUACAUAUUUCCCUCGAGUAACAUAUAAUAUAAUAUAUUAUAAAUCGAAAUGAGAAUUGGUUAAAAUGUUUGGCCUGGUUAUUGAAAAGUUUAGUAACGUUUUAUCGAAUUUAUAUACACUGCUAUAAGCAACAGCAGUUAUAUCGCAUGAAGUUGCUAUAAGUAGGUCUUUAUUGUUGAUUAUAUUAUAUUUUGUAAGGUGAACCAAACCAAACCAGUUGGCAGAUGUUAUAAAACACACCUGCCUGCAUCCUUACAACAAUGGUUUCCUACUCGCCGUAGCUCCAAAGUAUAUAAUAAUUUGAUUCUUUUUUCCUCCGUUCUGUCUGAUGCCUAGAAGCCGGCUUAAAAUUUAAUAAAUUUAAUAUUUAAUGUUUUAUUCUUAGGUGGGCGCAAACCUUGAUUGUUAACUAACAAACGCGCGUAUUCUCCGCGUUCGCACUUAUUCGAUAAUCCGCACGAAUUAAACAAUAAUUGUUUAGAGUAUUAAUAUUUUAAAAUUACUUUUUUCUUUUUUUUUUUUCAUUUCGUUUCUGAACAUUUUAAAUUCUAGGUUAUUAAUUUAUAUUGCAUAGCAAUAUCAUGUUAAUCGAGUUAAAUUAAAACAUACAUUAUUGUAGGUGAUAUGAAAUUUCAAUUCAGUAUUUUUGAUAAAUACCUACUCGGAAUACAUGUUAUAUUCGUAUAUAAAUAUUAUAGCGUGCUCGUUGUUUCUUUCUAAAUCGACAAACAACAAAUUAUAUUCUGUGUUUUGUUUCUGAAUAGCUUCCAUAAAAUCGAAAUUUUCAAUUUAGGAUUUCUUCGAGCUUUGUGUAAAAUACUGUUCAUUUUGAUAAAGUUCCAAAAAAAAAAAAAAAAGAAUGCGUUUAUUUUAUUAGCAAUUGUUCGAUUGUCGUCUAUAAAAUACGUUCCUAUUCCGUGUCUUGAGACUUUGUACCUUUAACGUGUUAUUUCCGUACGUUCUCUUCGUAUUAUCGGCUAAAAAUUUAGAAAACGCUUGUCAUUUUAAACAAAUUAACCCUGUGCAAGAUUCUUCUAGUACAAAGGUUCGCUUACAAAACCAGAAGAUAAUCAAAGUAUCUAUGUUAAAUUCAAUUUCAACAUAUUGCAUUUUUCGAAUUUACAUGCAGAACAUGUAAAUAUUGUUCAUCAUAUUAGAAACAGGAUAAAAAGUUCGCGACGAUGUUUGUAGAGGGCUUUUAAAACAUUUAUUUAAAUACAUAUUUUGUAUAUAUUGUGUAGAACACAAUAUAUCGUGUAUUUCAAUAUAUUGUAUUUUGUAUUAUAAUUUAAAAAAGGGGGAAAAAAUACGUUAUAGAUAUAAUCGUAAAUAACAUAUUAUUGAACCAAAGCCCAAUUAUAUUUUUAUAUUAUUAGCAAUUUAAUAUUCACUUCCUCUCGUAAUAGUACACGUUGUAUGGACUUUCCACAUUUAUAUGAUUUAUAAAUCAACUGCAGGUAUAUUGUAUCCAAUUUAUUUAUUACCAUCGACUAAUAUCGAUCUGUUAUAAAUAUUAUAAAUUAUAAUAAACUGUAAAAUCAAAUUGUUGCGUUUGGUGGUAGGUGCCGUUCUAAAUAUGCGAAAUCACGUUUUAUUCGUACGUUGUUGUCACUUUAAUUUUUUUUUGUCUAGUUUAUUUACGAAAAUUUGAAUUUGAAAAAAAAAAGUCAUCAAUUUUACAAUUAAUGUUCAUUUUUUCAGAAAUUACAAUAAUAUACUGUAUAAUAUGGGCGGUUCACUCGUAUUCUAACGUUAAAUCUUAUGUGUAGAUCUGUACGCUUUUUCUUUUAUUCUUUGAACGUAAAUUGUGGCGUUUAGUUUGAAAUUAGAGUUGAAACACACAAAAAAAAAAUUUAAAGAGGACGAUAUUUUUAAGUAAUAACAGCCAUGUUAGUUUUGUAUUUCUUUAAAUGAUUAAUUCAUUACAUUUGGUUAUAUGUGAUCAAACUCCAAUUUCAAUCUAAACGCUACAAUUAUUGUUCUAAGUAACGUAAUAUCGUGCGUUAGUAAGACGACAAAGAAAACACAUGCUGAUAUAACAUCCUCUUCAAGUUUUCGUUGUGUCUAUGUCUCACAUAUUUAUAAUAUUUAUUAAUAAUCGAUAAAAUAUAUUGUUAAAACCAAAGUACGUACCUAUACAUUUUGUGCGAUUUUAGAUGUUGAGCGGAUAAUCCAGUCCCAAGAAAUAAGUGCUGAAGUCAAUUUCAUAAAAAAAAAAUAAUAAUAAUAAAUAACAGAAAUUAUGGAAUUUAAGAAAACUAUGGAAAACAAUAACAUGUGAAAAUUAUGAAAAAAAAAAAAAAAAUGCAAACAAUUGACUUAAGCCUUCUUCCUUGGAAUAAAACGAAUUAUAACAUCACAGUUAAUAAUUUCAGUACAUCUACUGAGCACCUACUGAAUUAUUAAUUUUUGAAACAUGGUCGUUUAUCCAAUCGUGUAGUUGAAAAAUCGAGUACCUGUAUUAUGUAUCCGUUGUUAACCACUGUUUCGUGUAAAAUGAUACCUAUUAUAGUAUACUUGAAUAUUAUAUACUAGUACUUUUAUCGUUUUACAGAAUAUUGUGUAAAACGCUGAGUUUUCAAUACAAAAUCAACAUUUUUUAAUUAUUGCGAGUUUUAAUUUUAAAAAAUUAUGUUCUGAAUGGUAUGAAUACGAUUUUGAUUUCCUUUUUUUUUUUUCAUUAUAUUUUAAUAUAAACGCGGUCUAAUUUCCGAAAUAUUUUGUUUCUUUUUUAACGUAACGAUUUGCAAAUAAUUAUUUUAUUAAAUUACUGUUUUUUUUUCCUUUCUGUAUCUCCGAUUUUUAUUUUUUAAUUAUACGGUGAAAUUUGGAUUUCUAUCACGAAUGAUGACAAUUAUUUUAAUUUAUCGACCUGACCCCGUUUAUAGAGUAGUCGUUUUAAACGCGAGAUUUAUCUAUAUUUCGUUAAUCUGUUUAAUAUAAUAUUAGAACGAAUAAUACAAUAUUAUUACAUUAUAAUUUAGGUUUCCCACAGAAACCAUAAUAUUAUUGUAUAUAGUCAUUAGUCAAUUAUUUUGUCUGUGUACUUUAAUCAUCUAAAAUAUACUAAAAUUAACGAAUAAAUUAGAUUAUUAUUUUUUUUUUUAUGUGUUUUACGUGAGUACAAUAUUUUUUCAAGUAUUUAAAUUCGGAGCAUGCCGGAAACUGUUACAGAUUAGGUAUAAUUUAAUUAACUGAAUUUAAUAACAAUAACAUUGUUUUUUUCUUGCGUAUUUACAAAAAAACAAAGCCAUUUGCUUUUAGUCUUGUUAUUGUAUAAGGUAUAUAUCGUUAUUAUUGAUUAUUAUGUAUAUUAUUGAACUGUUUCUAUUUAAGUGAUGAGUACUAUUCAAUAAUAUAUUAUGUGUAAUGUGAAACGCGAUUUAUCUUUGGUCCCUGCAGCUGUAUUCUGAAACUCGUUAGUAGCCUUAUCGAAUAAUUUCUAAGCUAUCGAUAACGACCGUUAUCAACAAAAGUAAAAAUACACGAUUCUCUAAAUAAUUGAUAACAAAAAAAUAAAUCGUUAACUGUCAAAUUAUUAUCGAAAAUAUUCGAUACUGUAUCGGACUUUUUAUAAUGGCCAUUAACCCUUAUCAAAAGUUAUCGUUAUAGUUUACACGUGUUAGACAAAUUGAGUAAAAAGAUGUAAGAGAUUUAAAAUAAUUAUUUCCAAUUCCUGUCAUGAAUUCGUGAGUUUAUUGUUGUUUAUUUAUUUUUUCAUCCAGAUUUUAGUGAUUAUCACAUUACUCAAAACAAAACAUGGCUUUGCACAUUUCGGGAUAUGAGUGAGAUGUUUUAGAGGAAAACCUCCGGAUAGUUGAGAGGUAGUUGGAAAAACGGAUCUUACGUAACACACAAAAUCUUUAUUUUAUUUUUUUAUUUUUUUAUUUUUAUUUAUUUAACGGACGAGGCCCUUUUUUACAUAAUUUGUUUAGAAAGUAAAUUUUAAAGCAAUUAAGUCCAUGCAUAGUUAAAUAUAAAAAAAAAAUAAAUAGAAUAAAGAAACUUAAACUAAAAAACUAGGAUCCACAUGAACUAUAGGUACCGAGAAGAGAGUUUAUGGAUGAAUUUCGUUAGCUUAAGUAGAUUUCGUAUUACAAUUUGAAUACAUGUAAAUUCAAUUUUGAAAAUAACUUAAUGGCUGGCAUCGUUGUUAAAUGGUUAAAUUACUUAACGGUUAAAACAGAAUGGUAUAUAAUUAUACACCUAACUUACAAAAAGUAUAUCGUAGUGACUGAUUUGAUAAUUUGAUUUUUGAUAUAACAUGUAUUGUGUGUACUAUACAUACACUUAUACUAUUUAGACCAAAAUAUAAAGGGCAUCAAUAUACAUAAGACACAAUUAUUAAAAAAAAAAAAUAGCUGAUACUGCGGAUGGGGGAUGUGUCUCUGUUGUAGGUGAGAAGUUGAAAUGAUAUGAUACAUUCAAAUAUUCUGACCGAACUACUUAAAAAAUCAAAAAUAUCUAUAUGCGUACAAACUAACUAGAUAAAAAAAUGCAACAAAAAAGAUUUCUUAUUGCUCAUUCUAAAAGUUACUCACAAACACAAAAAAAAUAAAACACUGUAAAACCAAUUAAUUCCUUUGCUACCCUCCGAAUAAAAUUGAAUUAAGUUUAGAGUUUUUCCCUUUGACCAAUAUUUCUUUUUGCCCAAAAUUGAGUUUCGUGUGCAGAUUUUCGUUUAAGUGUUUGAAUUUUACACCGGUCAAAUCAUAAUAUUAUUUAAAACUGUGCUAAAACCAGCGCUCAUUGGGAAAAUGAUUAACACAUACGAAAAAAAAAAAAAAAACCUGUAAUAUUUUGUAGACAUUUAACAAUCGUUUUAUUUACUUGUACAGAAAAAAAUGACAAGGAAGUAGUUUUACAAUCUAUAAAUCAUAAUAAAUAUUGUAUACAUUGUAUGUUAUUGUUUUGAGUACGAAACUAUAUUUUAUUUAUAUGUGUACAAAACGUCAUAAUUUAUAAUAACAGGCGAUAUUAAUUCAUAUAGAUCUUUUUUUUUCGAACGAAACUGAUAAGAUAUUAUUUUAGUAAGCAUAGGUAAUAAGUAUUACCUAUACUUGCUUAUCAUUAUCAUAUUGGUCUAAAAGUAUUUUACUCGCUCGUAUUAUAGUAUUUAUCAAUAUCAUACCAAUAGUUGAACCAAACGUAUUUUUCCCCUUUAGAUUUCAAGGCCGCUUUAACGCACAUUUUUAAUUAUUAUUUCUAUAAUAAUAAUAUUAUGGCCAUAAACUAGAAUCAUAAAGUCUUAGUUGUGUAGCUAGUUAAUACUUAUUAUCGAUCUCUGUAUAACGGCUCGCUAAAAUCCUAUUCUAUUUUUAUUUAAGAUUGCAGAUUGAUUCGAAAUAUAUAGUAUUGUAUAUUUAGCAUAACAAUAAUCCGGAGCUAAGCCUUCCUGUUUCGUUUUUGAAAGAAAGGGACUAAUCGACGAUAAUAUAAUAACGAGAUUCAUAACGCGGUAUAUUCUUAUAAUAAAUUAUAUUUCUAGUUGAAAAUUGCAUAAUAUAAUAACAUUGAACUAUUCGAAUAGCCUUAAGAAAAAAUAUUCAAUAGUUUUCCCGAAUAAAACUUUGGUUGUGAUGAAAAAAAAUAUUCAAAUUAGACAUUUGUCCAAACCAAACUAUCCAUAUAUGUAAUAUAAAUUAUUCGGAAGUGUCCAUGUAAUUCAAUCAAUGUAUUAUAGGAAAAUUAAUUUUGUCUUUAAACUAUAUUAUACUAUUUACGAGUGGCUUUUUAUUUAGUCGUGAUGUAACAGUUCGGUGGGUAAACUAACUGUUCGUUAGUCUUUAUUUAUUUUUUUUAAUACGUCUAUUUAAUGGUUAUUAAAAUAUACACAUAUAUUAUAUUACAGAGCGAACAGUAUAUUGAGCGUACGUUUUCAUCGUGGUCACAGCUCAUAAUAUUAUUGUUAAUAAUGAUGACUUUACCAAGUUUAUAAUAUCAUAUCCGCGCGUAUAGUAUAGUAAUAAUAAGUAUAUUCUUAUUCAUGCAUUUUAACAUAGUAUAAUAUAUAGGGUAAUGAAGCGAAAAAAAAACGGUUGUUUGCAUUUCCAAAAGCUUUUUAUUGUUGUUGGGAAAAAUGAAACGAAACGUAGUUUAAAAAAAAAAAAAAAAAAAACGUAAAAAGUUUCAACGACGAAGUAUUAAAUAUUCGAUAUAAUUAAGUUCAUUAAUUUGUAUCGUCGUAUGAUGACACAAUGUUCAUUGUUUACUACUAAUAAUAAUACUUAGACCGUUUAAACGCAAUCCGCGUUAUUAUUUUGGUAUUGUUACAUAGUAAAAAAAAAAACAAGUUUCCAUAAAAGAACCCCUGCAGUAUUAUAGGUAUAAUACAUAAGUAUAAUAAUAAUAAUAAUAAUAAUAAUAUACCCAUAUUAUAUCGUUCGACGUGUCUUUAUACUUAUUAUAUACGAGCAUUAUUACUAUAAUAUAUACUAGUUCGUUAUGUUCUUGUUUUCGUCAUUCAUUAGAAAAAGAAAUAAUCCAUUCACGUAAGUAUCCUUGAAGAUGCAUCUGCCAUUGUGCAGGUUAUUUUUAACGCAUUCAGGGAUUCCGUUUCUGUGUAUUGUAAUAAUAAUAUUAUACUCCGCGAGUGUAUGAUGAUGUUGUUAUAAGGUCAAUCCCGAUGCGAAUAUAGUAAGUAUAUAUUGCAUUGCGAAAUCGUUUUCCAUUGUCCGAAUGAAAAUUUUUUAAAUUUUUUCUCGUCACCGUCAACCUUGUAAAUAUUAUCAUUAUUAUAGACGUUCCUGUAUAACGUGUUAGCAAAAUCACUAAUAUAUAAUUUAAUAUAUAUAUUAUAUCGGUUUAUACCUACCAUUUAUUUAUUUGUUUUCUAUAUUUUAACGUUGCACGUCUUGAAUUUUAAAUUCAAAUUGAGUAAUCGAUUAUAAUUUACUUUUCGUAUUUUAUACCUAUACCUACUAUUAUGCAUCGUUUAUAUAUAUUUAGAAGAGAAGGGCUUCAGUAAUUUUGUACAGUUGUAAGUUAGAGCAAAUUUUAAAAAUUGCCAAAUGACCUAACCUAAAUAUAACGUUCUAUUUAGGCUCUGUAUAAUUAUACGAAUCGUGUCCUUUUUUUUAAACGAAAAGUAUAUCAUAAGGAUAUUUUAAUUUUCAGUGUAACAACAAUUAUGCUAUUUAGAUAACAAAAAACCAAUGUAAAUAAUAAAAUUGUACAAAAUAAAAUUAUAUAAAUUCCAAAAGUUGACUUGAAAUCCUGUUUCCCUGGGACCAAUGCAUGUUGAAAAAUAAUAUUAUUUAGGAUAAUAUUGAUAACAUUUUGAUAUGACAUAGGUACUGGAAAUUUAUAUAUUUUGGUUUUAAUUUGAUCGGAAUUUUUUUUUUUUUAUGACUCCUAUGGUAUAUAUUUGUGUUUUAAGACGAUCGGAUAUAACAGAAAUUUGUAUUUUAGUCAAAUUGAUAAUUUUAGAAUAAUCGGACUAAUAUGCACAACUCAAUUGUUGCAUUCAAUUGAAUAUGCUCGAUAUAUUAUUAUAUAUAUUAUAUUAUAUUAUUACAUAUAUUAUAUAACAUUUAGUACGAUUAUAUAGUGAAUGUAUAUUUUUUUUCUCUAUCUGUAAACAAUUUUUCUGCCGAAAAUGUUGCUCCGAUCGUUAAAUAUAGUAUCUUUUCUAAAAGUAAAUGUUUGAGGAGGCUGUGUUUUGAUUUUCUUUUUAGUAUUUUUAAUAAUAGAGAUAAUAUGUAAAACAAGUGAGAAUAUUAUAUAUAUUUUACGCAAUAACAGUUUCUGUUAUUUUAGUUUUUUUUUUUUUUUAUUAUUGUAAUUCGAUUAGAUAUAUUCAUGGAAACCUGACAUUUUCACCGAAUGUUAUCCAAAAAAUGUUAAAAUAUCAGUUCAUUGGUAAAUAAUUAGUUAAGAAAACGAUAAAACAUUGCUUGACGAAAGGCUAUUCCGAGCGCAGUUCGGUAAUACAUAAUUUGAAGUGCCGUAUUUUUUUUCCCCGAUUUUCGUUUAAAUUUGAUUUUAAAACACUUAUUAAAAAAAAAAGUGGUCCUAUUAUUUUGGAAAUGUUUCCACGUCUAAUAUUAGGUAAUAUAGGUGUAAUAUAGGUAAGUCUAAUAUUAGUAUUAUUACCAAGUUUCAAAUCUUUACGUGUAUUUAUAACCAAAUUACAGCGAAAAAAUUACCAAAAAUUAAAAUUUCUUAAAAGCGAAAAAAUUUUGACGAUGAUACUGUAGGAAAUUAAAUCAAAAAGGCAACAUAAAAGGUGUAUUGUGAUUUUUCAUUUAAAUCAUUUUUUCUUGUAGAAAACGUAGUCCGUAUUUUUAUAAAAUCGUAAAACUACGUUUUCCUACGUUUUUUCCCCACUUAAAAGCAUUUAUUUAUAAAAUGGCGUCAAAAAUCUGAAAAUUACCUAUUUAAAGUACAAUCUAGACAACUUAAGCUUUAAGAAAAGUUGCUACACGUAAAAUUCGGAGCAAGUUUACUAGAAAAAACGUAUCCACAGAUUAGAACAAAGAAAUAAACGCACGAUGAGUGAGGCUCUUUUGUAUGUGAAAAGUUGGGAAGGUAGGAUAUAUAGGGGAUUUUAAUUAUAUCUGUAGUCAAUGAUUUAUCUUUGCUAAUGAAAAACGAUUCGGAGCGGAGUUCGGUUUUAUAUGUUUUGAAAAGCCCGCAAUAUUUACGAUUUUUUAAAUUUAUUAUUCAAUUUAUUUAUUUACGAAUAUUCUUAUAAAUAAAAGUUCUACAUUACACUAAAUUUUUUUUUAAUUUUUAACCAAAAAGUACGACUUAUAAUGAAUCUCCUGUUAAAUUUCCAAGAAUUUCUGUUUGAUCUAUCAAUUUUUUCCCCAGAGUACAUGAAUACAAAUAAUGUAAAAAUGAUUAAAAUGUUUUGAAUAUUUGAUCACAUUUAGAAUAGGCAAAUAUAAAAGGCAAAAGUUUUCUGUCCAAAUUUCAAGUUUCUACGAAUAUGCUUAACUGAAUUACAACAAAAACAAAAUUAGAAAUAAUACAUUUCAUAAAUUUUCCCUUUUUUUCCCCAAUUAUUACAAAAACAGUUGGACAAAUCUAAAAAAUGAUCCUACAGUGCCACUGAGAUAACGCUACCUUUCAGAAAAGGUGCUAUACUUGAAAAUCGAAUGAAAAUUUCUGGUAGAAAAGUUGUUCACAGAAAAAAUAAAUAAAUAUCAUUAUCAAACCAAAACAUUCCUCACUCCGUUUAUAAUAUACUACACGUACCAAAGUAAAACCAUAAUAAUUCACACUGGUCUCAAAAUCUAAAAUCAGUAAUAAAUAAAAUAUAAAAAUCCAUAUUAUGCUUAUCGGUAGAAUUUGAUUGAAAUCUACAUAAAUGUAUGUACAAAUACAACACAUGAAUGCAAAACAAAUAUUGUUCAACACACGUUUUUUUUAGUGUGUAAAAUAAGAAUUUUAAAGAAUACAACGUACACCGUAAAGUGUAUCGUGGUUUUUGGAUUCUGGUGAAGCGAGGAAUGUAUUAAUAUUAUGUUUUUUUUUUUAUAUCUAUAAACAAAUUUUCUACAGGAAAUCUUUCUCCAAUCAAAAACUAUUCAGGAACUUGUUUGUAGCAUUUUUAAUCUAUUUCGUGCAAAAAUGGUUUUUUGCAGCUUUGUUAAUUUUUUGUAUUAUUUUUGUUGAUAUUUCAAUUAACUUGACAACAUAGCGAAAAAUACUACUAAUAAUAAACUGCUCUGAAUCGUUUUUAUUGGCACUGGUUUAUCGUUGCGUACAAAUAUAAAUUAAAUUACACUUUAUAUCCUCCCUUCCAACUCUCUUAAAACCGUUCUAAGUACAUCCAUAUUUUUUUUUUUUUUUUUUUAAAUAUCCUCUUCCUAUUUUGAUUAUUAAAUUAUGGAGUUGUUGUGUGGGAAGAUAAAUAUAAUAUAGUAUAUUACCUGAAUUACUCAGUAUUUUUCGAUCUCAUCUUUAUUUCUCGCAUAUAAGUGGUUGUUACCCGGUAACAUAUUUUUUAAAAUGGUACCUACUUCCUUAUCUGUGACAACCAAAUUAAAUAUAAUAUCUGUUUUUUUUUCAUGCGUGUCACCAAAGUAAGCUAUAAAUCAACAAAGAGAUCAAUUUUCGUUAAAAAAAAAUACCAAAAAACGUAGAUUCGAACUUGAUUUUAUAUAUUAUACCUUUGGCUAUAAUAUAGAAGAGAUGGAUUAGUGAUGGGAUUGUUAAUCGCUUAACUAACUAUUUGUCGAUCCGACUUUGAUAGAGUGAUUUAGUCGAACGUAUUAUACGCGAGUAUACGGCGUAUAACUUCCAUUUUUUAGUUGAUACGUUGCGUAUACUUAUAAUAAUAUAAUGUAAUCAAACAGAUUUCAUUGUUUUCACAUUUAGUAGUAAUGGUUAUUAACAUAAGUUGACAUUUUUCACGUCUAAUAUCAAUUUUAUUUUAUGGCAUGGAAAAUAGUUUAAAACGCCGUUAACAGCAGAUACAAUGCAAUAAUUUGAAGAAAAAAAACAACCAAAGUUGGUAAUCAGUAAUGGCAUUUAUUAUUUAAGAUCCACAAGAUGUAUUAAGUUGGUUCUUAGAAUUUUUUUUUAUUUAACAUAGGUAGGUACUCAUCAGUCUAUACUCAUUGUGUUUUGAUGAUCAAAUUAAAAAUACAAACAUUUCGCUAAAAUAAAUGUUGAUUAAAUAAGUCAACGAAUGAUUUUUUAGAGAAUUUUGUAGAGGUAGGUACUACUGAUCAGUAUAUUUUUAAGUUUGUAACCAUUAAUAAAAUAUUAGAUUUUUGAACUUAAAAUAAACAUUUGGGGGAGAUUGACCCCACCUACUCCCUUUACUGAUAAUUGGCGUUUACUCAAAACUUUUUUUAGGACUACAUUACUGCAACGAUAUUACAGCAAUCAGUAUUAUAUCUAGUCCUUAAUGAAUAAAUAUUCGAAUUAACUAAAUUAUUAAAUUUAUUAUUUUGACCUUGCCACGUGUCAGCAAUUUCUGCAAAAUUAACCGAGCAUUUAUUUGUGUAAAAAAAUAUACUUAUCAUGUUGUCACAGGAUACUCCCGAAAAACAAAAAAUUAUUAAAAAAAAUAUAAGUAUUUGAAAAUAUAAUUAUAUUAAUAUGGUCCAUGUAGGAAAUAGUUAUAAGUAUAUAAUUAUAAUUAUUUUACUGAAAUGUUUUUUUCAAAAAAAAAGUUUUUUGUAUAUUCAUAAUUUAAGUAUACAAAUCAAGUGAACAUGUUUUACGGAAAAACUCAUGCCUCUUAUAAUGGUUCGAUUUCGAUACCUUACCUUUUAAUAGAUAUCGGGUAGUAGAUCAGUUAAAAAAUCAUUUCGCGGUAAUUGAAAUGUUAAAAAUUAUUUUUAAGUUUUUCAAAAUUGGAGAAAAUUCAAAAAACUGGCACCGGGCCCUGUAAAACAAAAAUCUCUAGAUAUUGACGAUAUUACUGUAUUAACAAGUCGAAAUUUUUUUUUAUUAUAUAUAUAGUUACUUAGAAAACCCAAAUGAACAAUGAUGAUCUCGUAGUAUUAUUAUGUUACCCACGGUAAAAUGGUUAAAUGUUUAGAGAAAAAUGUUUUAUACGACAGCGCGAUCUAGUGGUCUACUAUAAUAACGUUCUUAUUUCAUGUCAUCAAGACUAUUAUAUUAAAUUUAUUUUAAUUUGAUAUUUAAUAAUGACAAAUAGCAUGAUUUUAGUAAAUUUCAUUUAUAUCCUUAUGUACAACUUCGACGCGCCGCUUAUAACCGUGGACGAGUAUAGGCCGUUCUUUAACUAACUUAUUUACAACCGAGGGUGGGUAUAGGCGGUUCUGUAACCAACUUAUUUACAACCGUGAUGCUACCGUAUUGAUUUUAUUUAGUCUAUUUUAUUUCAUAUUUACUUAGGUAGUAAUUAUUCACAGCGGCACUCGAGAUUUAUUUUGUAAAUAGACAUCCGAUGGUUGGAAUAUUAUUAUCGUUCACCAUUUAUUGUUUGUUAAAUUCAUAGCGAAGGCAGUAAAAUAUAAAGAAACCUUCUAAUAGUAAUAAUUUUACAUAAAUAUUUGUUUUAUAUAUUGUUAGUGUAGGUAAUCAAUAAUAUUUAAGUGAAACAUUUUUAAACUUACUCGUGAUUUAAAAUAUAAACAAAUUAUACCAUUACGUUCACUUUCUUUUUUUUGUUUUCCUCAAGUAAAACUCAUGGUGAACUAAGUGUUAAAUUUUCAAAUUUUAUUAGACCAAAACGAUUUUAUCCGCGUAAAACUAAAUAAAUAUAUUAUUAAAAAAAACUCGAAAAUGUAAAAUACCUAUAAACAACAAUUUUAUCACAUUUUGAAAGUGUUAAAAUUAGUAUUCUAUAAUGAUUUCAAGUUUACAAUUAUUUGUAAUGGAAUCACAACAUAAUCGUAAACUUUACUAUUUUUUCUAUAUUUUUGUGUUUUACGGUUUUUCAAUGCAUUAGCCAAAUAAAAUUUACUUUCAGAAAAAAUGCUACACUUAAUAACCAGAGUAACAUUUCUCAUUGAAAAAUUGUUAAUAGGUAGAACUGAAAAAAACAAAUGUAGUCAAAUCAAUCAACAAUAUACAAAUAUUUUUAAUAAUGAAAGCAUAGAAUUUUUAGAGUAAUAAUUAAUUGGUAAUGGAUCAGAAUAUAACGAUUUUGAGUUGUAUAUUAUAUCAAUGGUGUAUUAUUGCUGCUUAAGUAGUACAGAUUUAUUUGAGUUGUCUUUAUUUAUAUAGAAUUCGUCAAUUUUCAAAAUGUGUACAAAUGUUAAAAAAAAAUAAAUAAUUUUUCGAAGUUUAAGUACAUGUUUGUAGAACAAAUAACAUUGUAACAAAUUUAGAGAAAACAAGUUUCUAAUUUUAAAUUUAUAAUGUUUACAAAAAAAUACUUAGGUAAAAAAAAGAAAAACGUUGAUAACAAUAUUUUUUAUAGUAUACUUAUAGAAUUUUAUAGUAUUACUGUUUAAUUUAAGAACCAAUUUUCAGUUAACGCCAUAUUUUGAUGAAAACUCUGUAUGCCUUUAUGUCACACAAAUUGUAUCUAUGCUUGGAGCAUUUCUAUAAUAAUUGCAUUAUUCCAUUGGUGAUUUUAUCAAUUUUAGUUUUUAACCAAAUCAGUAUUACGUUUAAACAAUUCUUAUAUUUCGUUUGGUGCUUAUAUAUAGUUCUUUAAUAAGUACCUAAUGUCCUGUUACCUAUAGAAAAUGAAAAGUAGAGUAUUUUUUUUUUGUAUACAAAAUAUUGUACCUGUGUUUCACUUACAAACAUAAUAUUAUUAUUAUAAACUUGGGUUUUAUAGGUAAUCAUUUUUUUAUCUCUUUUGUUUAGGCUGAUUGCCCAGUAUGAUUAGUGCAAUUUAAAAUAUAAAAAUAUAAAAGAUAAAAUUGUAAAUAACACUUACUACAAAUAUCAUAUAAUAUUUCACAAUUGAUUUUUCUGUUUCAGUAUGGUGGUGAGGAAUUUACACCAGACUCAGCUCGUUUUGCUGCUCAAAAACCUGGUUCAUCUGUAUAUAAUACUGAUUCCUAUUACUUAGGUAAGUUUAAAUUGUUAUUAUAAUUUAUUUAUUAUAAUGUAAUAUAUUUAUGUAUGAAUUAUUGAAGAUGGUACAGGAAAUAACAGUGAUGUUUGGACCAGUGCUACUGCUCAACUUCAAUCUCCUACGACUUAUAAUACUACAUAUACCAACCCACCUAACUCGCUGUUAACUACAUCGCCCAACAUGACGCCAAAUAAUUUUCCACCAACAAAUGCAAUGCUAACACCCGAAAAUUUGGUGAGAAUUUAUAUUAUUUUUAGUUAAGUAUUUAAAGAUAUUAAGUAAAAUGUAUUAAUUUAUAUUAUAUUGUUACCUACUGCAGACAUCAUACUUAUAAAAACAAAUUCCUUCAAUGGUAACAUGAUUAAUAUAUUUUAGUAUUUUUUUCUUUUUAAGUUUGAUUUUGAUAAUAAGUAAUUUUUACUUAUUAGGGAGGAGAUUUAUGUUUUAAAUUUUUAUAAUAACACACAUGCUAUAAUAUAAAAAAAUAAUUAAAAAUGUCAAUACUAAAUGAUUGGUUUUUUAGCAUUAUUCUUAUAUGAAACUACUUACUUAAAAAAAAAUAAAUUUUAUAUUCAUUGUUAUUGACAUCUAAAAUGUAUCAGUUUAGAUAUAAUCUUGUACAAACUUAACAAUAUAACUUGUGCUUUAGUAAUAUGGGCCAAAUAAUUGUAUCCACAUUUUAGUAUUGAUUGUAAUAAAUGUACCUAUAAUUAUAAUUAAUGAUUGUAAGUGAUUAGUUGGCUUCUUUUAAACACUGUUAUAAAUACUAUGUUAUUAAUAAUAAUAUUAAAAUUGAAAGUUAGAAAUAUUUGUUUCGUAUCAUAUUUUUUUUUUUUUUUUGAAAUUAUUAUUUGUUAAUUAUUCUGAUUAAAUACUAUGAUAAUCAAUGUUUAUUUUCCACAGGGCUAUAAUACUAUUGGUCCAAAUGCUAGUAUAUCUCCCAGUGGUGUUUCACCUGCUACAGAUGGCCUAGGUACUUCCCCUCUACCUCCAAUGUCAAGUUUGCGUGGAGCUCCUCCUUCUGCUCCAAGUCCAAUUGCAGUUACCCCUAGCUCAAUGAUGUACCCAGGACAUAACAGUCCCACGAUUCAAACUCCCGGGGAUACACUUGGCAAAGCAUUAGCAUCAGUACGAUAUAUUUAUUUAUUUGCUUUAUUAAUAUUAAUUAUAAAUGCUGGGGCAAUCACAAUAAUUUAUUGCUUAAGUUACCAUUGAAGGCUUUUUGUCGCUUAUUAACAACUAACCUAUUCCAUGACUAUUCCUAAAUUUAUUAUAAAUAUUUCUUAUAUCAUGAUUAAUUUGAGUAAUUAUGAAGAAGAACAAGUUAUAAAUUUAAUUUUUUUUUUGUUGGAACAAACCAAAUUGAAUCCUAUCCUUGAUAUUUUACAUCUAUUUUGUGGUUUCAAUGCAGUUAUCUAGGGACCUAGACUAGUGGUUUUAUUUUUAUUUCUAGAGAUGAAAAAUUACAACUUCAUAUUGUUAACUUAUUAUUGAAAGACAAAUAGAAAAAAAAAUACAAUUUCUUAAGAAACCACAAUGUGUUAUAGAUAUAUCCUACAGACCAGAGUGUCAGUAGUUACAGUUCGAAUCCGUCCACACCUAUAAGUUCACCUCCACCCAUGGCACAAUUAGUGACUGCAAACAGUGCGGGAUCUUGGACCCCUGGUGUAGUGCCAUCUCUCCCUGCGUCUCCUCAUUUCCCUACUGACCAUCGCGCUAUUAAUUUGGUAUGUAAUAUUCUAACAUUUCUAACUCGUAUAUAUAUUAUAAUAACUAUUCAGUACUAGUAGAUUUAACAUUAGUCACAGUGUUAUGGGUUGCUGCAUAUUCUUAAAUAAGUUUGAAUUUCCAUAGUGUAAUUGUAAUUGUAAUUUGUUUAAUAUUACUAUAUAAUAGGGUAGUCGAAUGGAAGAACAAUUGGAUGAUGCCAUAAAUGUUCUACGUAAUCAUGCAGAAAGUCAGGCUUUAAGUCUAGCUGGAGUUCAGCAUUCUGCUUCAGGCAUCGUACCAUUGUAUCAUCAACAUUUAGUAAGUGUUAUUUAUGUAAUCAUUCUUUACAAGAAAAUAUUUAAAACUAAAUUUUAAGAGUUUUAGGUUUUUAUAGUUUCAUUUUUAUUUAUGUAAGUUAUUGUUUAAUUUUUAGGGAAGUCCUCAUACAGCAUCUGCUACAGUUGGCGGCCCAAAUACUUAUCAAACACUUUCAGCAUGUCAAGAUAGUGAUGGACCUGUUAAAAUUGAACGUCUAAGCAAUAUCAGUAUGUAUUUGAUAUUAGUGAUUACUAUUUAUUUUCAUAAAGUACCUCAAUUUAAUCUAAUAAUUGAAUCAAUUUCGGUUUUAUUUUAGAAAAGCGGAAAGAACCUCCAGACAGUUCAGAUACGAAGCCUACCAGCAGCGAUAAUUUGUUAGUAAAUAACAAUGUUAAUGCCAAUUCACCCCCACACAACUUGUCUAUAAUUAAAAAUUCAAAACGGUCCCGUCGAUAGUAAGUUUAAUGUGCAAAUUUUUUUCCCCCUUUUGUUUUUUAAGACACAUUAACUUUAAAUUAACUUCAUAUUUUUGUUUCGUAGAGGUGUGCAAGUAUUAAUUAGUAAGACUUAGCUAAGCCUCAAACGAACAAAAUGUAUUCAUUUAAAUUAAAUUAAAUAUUUUAAUUUCAACCCACUAAAGAUCAAAUUAUUUAAUAACAUGAAAACUAAAAACUAUCGAGAGUCCAUUUAUAAAUGUAAUAUAUAAUGUUUCAGUCAGUUUUACAUUUUUCCCAAAUACUGAAAUGUUAUAUUAUUUAUUGGUUUGUAUGAGAAUUUAGUGUCAAUUUCUGUGAUGAUAAUAAUUUUUGAUCAUUUUGAAAAAUUAUUUAGCCUAUCACACAAAUCAGCAAUUUUGAUUUUAAAAAAAAUAUUAUUAUUUUUAAAAAUCACUAGAAAUUUGACAUACAAUCUGAUACAAAUUGAUAUACAUUUAGUACAAUUUAAAUGUACUUAGAAUAUUAUAUAUUUAUAUAUAUAUAUCAAUAAAGUAACUAAUAAUAAAUCUGAAGCAUUCAAUACAAAUAAACAUUGAGAUUUUACUUUUGUGUGCAGUUGAAAUAACAUUAUGGCACACCUCUAUUUAUUUAUUACUCAUGGGUGGCUUUAUAACAUUCAUUUAAAUCAUUAUUUUUUCACUUUUACCAUUUUCGCUUGUUAGUUGUUCUAGUGCAGACGAAGAUGGAGAAGACCCAUCAACUAAAGCACACAGGGAAAAAGAACGAAGGCAAGCGAAUAAUGUCCGAGAAAGGUAAGUUUCAAGUCAUUUGUAUUAUCUCAUUUUCUUCAAUUAUUUAGGUAUAUUACUUAAUUUUAUAAUAAUUUUCUUUGUUUUGAAAUUCAAUUUGUGUUUAUUUUUAGUAUAGUUAAACUAUUGUGUACCAUAUACUUUUUCAAAAUUAGUUAUUUAAGCAGUGUUCUGAUAAUUUGAUGCAAUUCUUCACCAAAAGCAAUAAUUAACGUCAUGAAAUACAUGUUUAGAAAUAAAUUUUCAUGACUAUUCAUAUUACUACUAGCUCGAAAACUGUUUUGUGUAUGUUUAAAUUUCAAAUUUUAUUAUUGGUUACAGAUUUCUGUUUAAUAUUUAAUAACAUGGCUUAAAUUUUUAUGAAGUUACAUAUAUUUGGUUUUUAAAUUUUAACCUUUGUACAUGUUUGUUGUGAAUGUGCUAAUUUUAGAUAAAAUGAGCUAUUCAAAUUUUAUAUAUAAAUUCAUCUGUUUGGUCAUUGGUUCUAAAUUUAUUAUUUUUAUAUUUACAAAAGUCAUUUUUAAUAGUAACAUUUUAUACACAUUACUCUAUAUUGUUCGAAUUUUUUACUUGUAGAUUUUAGAUUAGUGAGCAUAUUGAUUCACAGUAUUUAAUAGAUUAAUUGUUAAUCAAAGGAUAUGCAAUUUUAGUGUAAACUUAAAGCAAAAUAUUUUUGAACAUUUUGAAUAUUAAGAGAGAGAGAAUUUUAUGCUAACUGUCAACAAUUCAUAUUAUCAUCCUUUUAUUGUUUUUACUAUAAAUGUCUGAAUACAAAUUUUAAUUGGUGUCUUAUUUUUGUACUUAUUAUUUUUAUUUUUACACAAUGAAGACGUUGGUCACUUUAAUGAGAAAAUAAGUUGAUAGUUUUAUUUAAAAAAAAAAAAUGGUUUUACUAAUUAUAUUUAUGAUAUAAGUACAAAAAGAAAAUCAAUUUACUUUCAAUGUAAAACUAAAAUGGUGGCAUAUAUUUAUCACAUAUUAAUUGCAACUACAAUAAAAUCAUAAUACAUUUUCUUAAUUAAAUUUCUUGAACUAUUAAAAAAAAUAGUUUUUAACAUAGUUGUUAAGCUUGAAACACUUUGUUGAUGUUUUUAUAAUUGUUGUACAAGUUUGGACGACGAGAGCGAAGAUCCUCUGAUAAUAUCUCAACGGGAAAGGGAGCGUCGGCAAGCAAAUAACGCUCGAGAAAGGUGAGCAAAAAAGCCAGCAAAAUUGCGGCUCUUGGCUCCUUUUAAAUUUGUAUACUUAAUUAAUAAAAUGGUUUCUCAAAUCGCUUAAAUAACAGUUAAAAAAAGUUAGCACUUAAUACCAUUAUUGUAUAGUCUAUAACUACAAUGAGUUCCAUUUAUUGUGAUCACAUUGGUUCAGGAAAUUUUGAUUUUACAGUAGGGUCUCAUUAUUUCAAUUUGAUUUAGGGGAAAAGCAUUAGUUGGAUUAACUAUAACUUUAAAUAAAUUUGUUUGUAAUUUAAACUCAGUAUUUUAUCUGUAAUUAAAUAAGGUAAUGAAUACAAUUAUAAUCAUCAUAUUAAAUUACAUAAAUAUUCAUUUAAAAAUAUAUAUACAAUUUUUUUUAUAUAUGAACUCUGGUUCUUAUAUUAUGUUCCUAUACUGACAGUAAUAAAUGUAAAGUAUUUAUUAAUUAUAUAUAAACAAUGUUGUACACGAUGUGCUCAUCUUAAUUGUUUUGGAAAAAUAUGUCUAAAUAUAGUGAUGCGAUAAUUCUCAAACCUAUUCAGAUUACUGCUCUUUUUGGAUUAAGGAGACUCAACAUAUUAAACUAACAGAUUCUAUAUUUAUACUUUAAGUACUUAAAGUAAUUUAAAAAAAUACAUUUGAAAUAAAUCAUAGAAGCUAUCGAUUUUUAAUUGGAUAAUCUUCCAAUUUGAUUUUCAUAUUAGCCUGAAAAUAGGAUGCAUAUAAAUGUUAUAUAAUUUUUAAUUAUGCAUUAUUUUAUGGACCAAAACAUUUUUUAACUUAAUAAAAAGAGUAAGUUAUUUCUUUUUCUUUUAUUGAUAAUCUUUCUGUUUGCUCAACAUUAAAGAAAAAGUUUUGAUCAUAAUGUACAGUAAUCUAAACAGGAGUACAUGUUCAAUACAGUAUCACGCUCUGAAAAAUUCAAAAAUAAAAUUAUUAUUACAAUUAAAUGUUAUAAAUUAAUGAGUUUGAAAUACCAUAAAGUCAAUAAGAAUGUACCUAAAAGUGAUUCUAAUAAAAGGUCAGUUUAACAUUAGUAACAUAAGAUUUGGUUUAAGAUUUUCUUUUUUGAUAAAUAGUUGAUUCUAUAAACCAAUGAUUGGCAAAUCAAUAAGUGGAACUCGUAUAUAAAUUAUUAUAUUAAUUUUAAAUUUAUAUUAGUAUUUAAAACCCAUAUUAUAUAUAUAGAGAGAGAGAGAGAUUUAUUUAAUGGAGCAAAUUAAAUUUUUGAAAUUUUGAUAUAGAAACCAAUUUAAAAAUUUUAAGGGCCCUUUUAUCAAUCUCCAGUUAGGAAAAUUUAAAUUCCAGCUAAUGUAAAUUCCCAGUUAAACUAGAAAUGUGAUUUUAUUAGCACUCAGUAAUAUUUUUACCAUAGAAUAGUUAAUUCGAGUUAUUUGCCCGGUUAAGGAAUUAAACUAGAUUAGUUACAAUGCUAUUAGUAAAUACCAUGUGAUAACAUUUUGUGUGAUUUUAUUAAUUUCAAAUGAUUUUUUUUUUUUUUUAAUGUGUCAAUACCACAUUCAGUUAAAAAAUUAAUAAAUUUGUUUUAUUUCAUACCUAUUUGAUAUUGUCACAACAUUAUAUAAAAUCAACCUUAAUUAUAAAUUCUUAAUUCUUACUAUUCUAUUAAAUGAUUUGGUCAAUUUUCUCAUUGUUUUAUUUUUAAUGUUUGUGAUAGUAGUAUCGGUUUUUAUUUUCUAAAAUUAUUUUUUAUUUAACAACCAGGCUAAGUAGAAGUUCCAAUUUGCAAUCAAUGAAAUUGGUUGAAUGCUCUCGUUUUGUUUUGAAACUCUCAUUGUGAAUAAUAUAACCUUACAAUGUAUAAAUAUAAAACAAUAAGACAUUUUAUGUAUAUAUUAUAUUAGUUUUAAUUCUGAAUUAUUAUUUAUACAGAAAAAAUAAAAAAAUAAUCUACAAAUGUAAAAUGUGAAAUAAUAUGAGAAUUAUAAAAUAGAUUUGUUGUGCCAAAUAUUUUAUGAUAACAAAGAACAACUCACUGAUUGAAGUAGGUGACAUGUUCAAUAAUACUGAUGUAACUAAUUCCAAUUGUAUUUUUAUAGUGAAAUAAUCUUCAGUUAGUUUUAAUCUGAUAUUUGUUAGCUACUAACUAGAUAUUUAACUGAUGAUUGAUAAAAUGCCCAUUAGUAAAUGAAAAAAAAUUAUAAUUAAGCAUUCCAAUAUUAUGCUCCACUCAGAAUUGUUUUAAAUAAAAACAACUGGUACAUUAAUAAAAAAAAAAUAAAUAAAUAAACAAUAUUAAGGUGAGUAAAAUGAGAUAGGUGGUCCAACACCAAAAUAAUUGUCAUAAAUUAUUUUUGAUUAUAUUCUUGAUAUUUUAAUGUAUAGGUAAUGCAUUUUCAUUAUUAUUUAAUUUAUAAUAAUUAAUAAUGUAUGAUAAUUUUAAAAAAACUAGUUAAUUGGAUUACAAAUAUGUUUAAAAUGUACUGUAUUUUAAUUUUAGUAAGAAACAAUUAAUAGGUUUUAUUUAACAAAAAAUACAAUUUGAAAUUUUAACUUCUUAUUAGGUAUCUAUUUUUAUAAAACUUGGGUCAAAUAAAACUAUAUAUUUUAAUGAAUUUUAUUUUUUCAGAAUUCGAAUUCGUGAUAUUAAUGAAGCUUUGAAAGAACUUGGUCGAAUGUGUAUGACACACCUAAAAACGGAUAAACCACAAACAAAAUUAGGUAUUCUUAAUAUGGCGGUUGAAGUAAUAAUGUCAUUAGAACAACAAGUUCGAGGUAUAUCAAAAUAAUUUGUAUUAAUAUAUAAAUUUUCGAAUAAUUAAUUUUUUUGUUCAUUUUUUUCAGAGAGAAAUCUUAAUCCAAAAGCAGCCUGUUUAAAACGAAGAGAAGAAGAAAAAUCGGAAGAUAAUGUUGGUCCAAAGUUAGGACAUCAUUUAUCAGUAGCCCAGCAUAUGGUUGUUCAAGCUCCACAUUUUCCACCUAUGACUUUAGUAAUUUUUUAUAUAGUGCUAUUUUAUAAUAAAUUAAAAUAAUCUAUUUGAAAUUAAAUUUCAGCCAAACAAUCAAGCCAAUUUGCCUCAUGGACCUCAGUAGCAAUCGGAAUACAUCAUCAAACAUAUUAUACUCCUAAUUUGGAGGUGAUGGCGUUAAAUUGCAACAUUUAAAAAUCUCCAUUCAAACGAAUAUUGCCAAGUAUAUAAUAUUAGUGAUAUUUUUUAUUCAUAUUAAUUGUUGUUUUUUUUUUUUUUUUUUUUUUUUUUUUUUUUAUACUUUCAAGAUAACAUUUUUUUUGUCCUAUGUGAUUACAAUUUAAGCCCAAAGUUUUAAUAGACAUUAGAAUUAUACAUAAUUGUAAGACUGAAUUCAGAAUAUAUAUUGUUCAACAUAUAUGUAUACAGUAUUACAAUAUUUUUUUAACUCAUCUUGGUAAGAAAAAAUCAAUAAUUAUAGUAUGUAACAAAUUUAUUUAUCCUGAAUUCAGUCUAUACCUAAUAUUUAUUUAUACAUUGGUUUAAUUUUCUUAGUUCUUUCCCUACAUUAGAUUAUUUUAAUGUCCAAUCAGUAAAUAAGUUAUAAUCAUGCCUAACAAAUAAAAGCAGGAAGCACAAAUUUAAAUCCCAUUAAGUUUAUAUAUUUUAACUGGUGUCUCAUUUCAUUUUAUAAUGGAUAAAGUUUAAUUUAUAAUUAUCAUUUGUACUACUAGCUAGGUUAUGUCAGUGCUUGACUUGUAUGACUACCUAAACUAUGUUUUUCAUAAUUUAGUCUACCUUUAUUUUAAUUUUUUUAGUAGACUACUGUUUUUUAUGAUCAGUAUUUACUGAUGAUCUUCUAAAAACUGAAUGAUAAAAUUCUAAACAUAAUUGAAAAUGUAUUUACCGUUUAUUAAUAAAAUGGUACUUUAAUUUUGAACAGUGCCUUGAAUGGUGUGCAUUUUAAAUUAUAUAUUUUGUAAAUUAUAAAUUACUUGCUGGUUUGUGAUAAAAUUUAAUGUAUAAGUUGAGGAUGGCAUUCAAAAGAAACUGUCAUAUGGUCAUAUAAAGUGUAGUGAUUUUUAAUUGAACACAUUUUUUUUUUUUUUUUUUUUUUUUUUUUUGUAUCAGAAUAAUUGUAUGGCUAAAUAUCAUUUAUUUGUAUACUUAAAACAUAUUAUAUGUAAAUAGUAAGAAAUAUUAAAAACUAAGCAAUGUUAACAUAAUCCAAUGGUUUUUGGAUAAUUUUUUAAUUUCAGACAUAAAUCAAUAAUUUAUAUUGAUUUAAUAAAGAGGCCAUUAUUAUUUUUUUAGCACUAUUUUUUUUCUAUGACUUUUCAUUUAUCAGGUUUGAGUCUUACAAUCCUUGCCCAGACAUUAACCAGCUAAUGUAGAUAUAAUAGUAGUUGGUUUGUUUAAACAAAAUUCUUAAAAACUUUAUUUUUAUAUACAAUUAUAGGUUACAAACUUAUGAGCUAUGACCAUAUAUUACAGACAUCUACACAAUUAGUUUAUAGCUAACUAUUUAGAACUUAAAAUUUUCCACUAUGUGUUGACUGUCAUAAUUUAGAGGUGGUCACAUUUAUUACUUGAAGUUCCUACACCUUACCAUAAUAUUUACGUGGUGUGAUAGAAAAUUAACACAUUUCCACCCUGAAUCUAUAUAACUCAAGUUUGGCAGUCAAUCACACUUUACACUUCCUUUAAAAUCUUAAACCAAUUUUUCACUAAAAUCAUUUUAUAAAUAUAUUUAUAUUUUCUUCUCUUUUUAUACUGUCUCAAACUUCUGUUUUUAUUUAUUGAUGGCGUGAUUAUUUAAGGUUUAUUGAAAGUUGAUUCAUUAAUCAAUGUUUUACAUAAUUAAUGUAUCUUCAUAUAUUUAAAACAAAAUUAAGUUUUAUUAAUAUUAUGUAGGAGGGAAAAUUAUGUAUCUCUUUUUAGUAAUAUUGUUUAUUAAACACAUUUUCUGGAAAAAUUAUUUUUAGUAUAAUUAUUAUUAUUUUUAAUACAACAUAGAUAUUAUACUGAUUUUUGUUUCCAUAAACAAUAUUAUUUAAUUACACUUUCAAUACUAAUAUAAUACAAUUUUAAAAACAUAGCUCUAUAAUUAUUAAUCUAUGAUGAUUAUAAAAACAGUUUCCUAAUAAACAUAAUCUCAAUAGCAGUUAUGUUUAAAGAAAAUUCUUGCUUUAAGUCUUAUUUUUAUUAUUACUUAAGAAAACCCUAAUUUUAUAUAUUUUUUUAAGUGUUGAACUGCAGGUAACUAUAGAUAUUUUUAAUUUGUUUUUUAAUAUAUUUUGUUCCAAAUGUUUACUUCAAUGGAUUAUCAACGAAAAUAUCACAAUUAUCAUUAAAAUUUCAAAUUUUAUGUACACCUAAAUAUUAAAACAAUAAUGGCUCAUAAACCUUAUUCGAAAUAAUACAAUUGUAUAAAUAAAUAAUUAGGUGUACUUAAAUAUAUUUUUGUAUGGACUAGUAAUAUUGUUAUGUGUCUUAUUUUUAAUAAUUUCUUUAUAAUCAUAGACAAAAGAUUUCUAAACAUUAGACAGUAUACUUCAAAAAUGAAUUAUUUUUAUCAUCAUAACACGCUGCUUUAUUAUACAAUAUUGAUAGAAAAUAUUUAAUUAAGUACAUAAAACUGAGAUUAUUAUUUUAAAAUAUCAACAAAUUUUUGUCUAUGGUUAUAAUAAUUAUUAUUUUUCAAAAUAACUUUAUGAUUAAGUUAUAUUAUUUGUUUGUUUGAGUAAAAUAUGUGAAUAAUAAUUUUCAUAAUCUUCAUUGGUUUAAUUUGAGUUAUAAAUAAUACAAAAUGCUAUAAAAGCAUAAUAUAAAAUUAAGGAGUACUCAAUUUUAACUUAGUGUACUUGUCAUCUAUCUGUAUUAUGCCAAUGAUGAGUAUGAGAAUAUAAUUAUAGUAAACAUAUUUUAAUGGUAUAUAAUAUUAAAUCAAAUUAAUUUAUAAUACAAAUAUAACAUUAUCAUGUUCUACAACUAAUUAUGUGUCCUAUGUCUACAACUUACUGUGGUGACAUUUAAAUAUGUGUAUUAAUGAAUAUAUUUUAAAAAUAAAUUGUAUUAUAUAAAUCCAUUAAAUUAUGUUUCCAAAAACAUAUUUUAUGGUCUCUUUAUUAGGCAACUAGAAAAUACACUAUGAUCCCACCCAAUAAAAUGCUACACUCGAAUUUAAAAGGUAGGGGUUUGGUAUCCUUAUGUGAUCACUGGUCAAUAAAAUUUAUUUUUGGAUCAUUUUUAUGAAAUUUAAUUAUGUUUCAUGUAAAUUAUAAUUCAAUUGAAUCAAACUGAAUCACUUACCAAAGAGAUUAUAUUUAACAGAAUCUACUUAAUAAAUUAAAUACAAUGUAAACAGAUUCUCUAUGACUCGAAACUUUAAUAAACGAAUCAGUAAUGUAUUAUAUAUUUCAAAUUGUAUUUGUUUUAUUAUUGUUGCUGAUUAAUUUUUGAUAAAUGAAGAAAUAUAAUCUUUUUAAAUUGAGAUAGCCAAUACUGAGUUGAACUAGAACUAAAUAAAAAGGUUUAUACCUUGUAAUAUAUGUAAUUUAUUAUAGCCUCCAAAAACAAAUAUUCUGGUUAUUUUUAUCGAGUGUUGUAUUAUUUUGGGUAGGUAUAUCUAUAUAGUGUAUAAUAUGUAUUAAUUAUACUUCAUCAAUGGGUAUUUUUAAAAUGAAAUAAACUGGAAAUUUACCCUUAAUUUUGUAUUAUUAUUAUUAUUAUUAUUUUUUUUUUUUUUUUUUUUUUUUAAUAUAUUACUUUUAUAUUAUUUUUAGUUUAUGUAUUAUAUAAUUCAUUCUAUAUAUUUUCUUUUAAUUUAGUUUUUAAUAAGACCAGACAUUUUUUAUUCUAAAAUAAUUUAAAUGUAUUCUACAGAAUUAAUAUUUUUGAGACUAGAAAUUUAAAAAUGUUUGGAAUUAUUGUAGAACAUAAUACUUUCUAAUUGCUAAGAAAAAUGACUGGAUCAUUAUUUUAAUCUAAAUAAUUUAUAUAUUCAAAUCUCCCAUUAUUGUUAUUAAUAUAAAAUAUAUUUUUUUUUUCUGUAAAAUUAGACUUGUAAUAAUAUUAUGAAUAAAAAAUUACACUGAAAAUAUGUAUCCAUAUAUAUUAUAAUAACAUGUAUUUUUGUGCAUAAGUGUGUGAGUGAAUGCAUGUGUGUAUACUAUAUACAUCACAUUUUUAUGUCAUAAGAUUUAGAAAACUAUUUUUUAGUAAUAAAAUAUUAUGUACCUAUAUGAUAUGAUGCCAUAAUUUGUAAUUAUUGUCUUAUUGAAACUUAAAAAGUGAUUACUUACCUAUAGUUCUUUUUUUUUUUUCAUUAUUAUUAUCAUUAUAAUUUAUGUCUGUCAUUCUUUAAUAUUUUAAUUAAUUACAUUUAAUUUCAUUUUUAUUUUACAUUAAUAAUAAUAAAACAUGAACAUCAAUUAAUAUAUUGCCACAAUAUGAUAGAUUGUUUUCUAUAUAUGAUAUUAUGUUAUGUUGUGGUUUACUGUACAUAUAGGCUAUAUUAUUUAAAUGUUAAUUUUUGUAACGUUUGAUUGAGAAUAAA